AUGGAAGCUGCGAAGAAAGCUGCAGGUUGUACUGCUAUUGAUCGACAUGUUAAGGUAAUUUUCUCUUUACGUGUUCGGUGUUCAGUGCUGCAAGUUAAAACACUAGGAUAUGACAUGCUGGUUAAUUCUACGUGUCAUAUAUAUAUAUAAACAUAAAUAUAUAUAGUACGUCCGCUUGUUUAGGUCGAGCGAUAGCUCAAUGCAAGUAACUCAGUUAUAAACAUAUUUGUCAUUGACUUUCUGGGGAACAUAGUUGUUAUUUAUAGUUCAGCAAACCCUGGCCUGUGCAAUAUAAAUCGAAGAUGAUCAAUAUAAAAUAGCAAUUAUUAUAAUUGAUUACUAUUUAUACUAACAUUUUAUACCAUUAUGAUGACCAAUCGAUAGUUGGAUCAGUCCAGCAGCAAAUGAUCGAAUUGUAUCUUAAGUAAGAUAUAAAUAAAUUGGUUAAUAAAGGGAUUGAAUAAUCAGGUUGCAAGUGCAGUUUGAUCGUUAAUUUGUAUCAAAUGAACUUAAAUAAUAUUUAGAAAUUUGUCUUUAGAACAAUCAAAUAAUUGGCAUUGGCAGUGGAUCCACCAUCGUUCCAGCUGUGCAACGUUUAGGUAUUUUUCUACUCCUUUAUAGCAUUUAUUACAUGCCUGCUAUUUUUCACGUGCAUACUUGUGCAUUUUAAAUGUUAAUAACCCAUUGGUCCCCAGCACUCUCCCCUUGACGGAAAAAUGUUUCUGGCAUUAGUCGGUUAGACACAUUGGGCACAAUUAUGCAACAUAAUGACUGUUUUUUCUUUUGAGUCACAGAGUUGUAACUUAAAGGUGCUCUACAGUCCGUAUGUAAACAAAGCCUUUGUUUACAUUAUUGUGUCCAAAAUAUUGAGCUUUAUUCGACAACUAUUUAUAUUUUCAAGCUUCUAGAGUAUAAUAAAUGAUCAAGAAACAAUAAUCAGGCUUUUCAAGAACCCAAAACAUAGUUAAACUGUUUGUAUCAUAAAAAGUGGGCUCCUUUGUGCACAUGCGCAGAUCGGACUGUAGAUCACCUUUAACACUUGCCCGGGGCAAGUGAAUAUCAUGACGGGCAAGUGAAUAUUAUGACGGGCAAGUAAACGUUUUAUUUUGCUUGCCCGAUUGGGCAAGUUGCCUUGCCACAAAAAACUGGGCAUCUUUAAGUUCAUGUUUUCAUUGUUGGAUAUACAUUUUUUAUAGUGCAUGGACUUGAUUCAAAUUUUGUUUUUCGUGGGCCAAAGCUAGAUCUGAGGCAGUAUAACAUAGCCAUAUAGAGCAUUGGAAGAAUGGGUCGGCAUUUUGUCAAGUAAAGUUACAACUGCACUUGUUAACAAGCAAUACUCUCAAGUGGUUGGAACAGCAUUGUCACAACUUGUUAACAAGCUUGCUACAAGCCUGUUGAGGAUACAUCUGGUUGACAAGUUGUCAGAACAGCAGUACAAGCCUGUUGAUGAGACAUCUUGUUCACAAGUGGUUGGAACAGCAUUGUCACAACUUGUUUAACAAGCUUGCUACAAGCCUCUCUAGAAGACAUCUUGUUGACAAGUUGUUGGAACAGCAUUGUCACAACUUGUUUAAUAAGCUUGCUACAAGCCUCUCUAGAAGACAUCUUGUUGACAAGUUGUUGGAACAGCAUUGUCACAACUUGUUAACAAGCUUGGUAUAAGCCUGUCAAGGAGAUCUUGUUGACAAGUUGUUGGAACAACAUUGUCACAACUUGUUAACAAGUUUGCUACAAGUCUGUUACGAAAAAUCUUGUUGAGAAGUUGUUGGAACAGCAUUGUCACAACUUGUUAACAAGCUUGCUACAAUUCUGUUGAGGAGACAUCUUGUUGACAAGUUGUUGGAACAGCAUUGUCACAACUUGUUAACAAGCCUGUUGAGGAGACAUCUUGUUGACAAGUUGUUGGAACAGCAUUGUCACAACUUGUUAACAAGCUUGCUACAAGUCUGUUACGAAAAAUCUUGUUGACAAGUUGUUGGAACAGCAUUGUCACAACUUGCUAACAAGCUUGCUACAAGCCUGUUGAGGAGACAUCUUGUUGACAAGUUGUUGGAACAGCAUUGUCACAACUUGUUAACAAGCUUGCUACAAGCCUGUUGAGGAAAUGUCUUGUUGACAAGUUGUUGGAACAGCAUUAUUGUCACAACUUGUUAACAAGCUUGAUACAAGCCUGUUGAGGAGACACUUGUUGACAAGUUGUUGGAACAGCAUUAUUGUCACAACUUGUUAACAAGCUUGCUACAAGCCUGUUCAGGAAAUAUCUUGUUGACAAGUACACACGUAAAAAUCUCACAACUUAAGUUGUGAGAUUUUUACUGUUAACAAGAUGUGUUCGCAACAGACUUGUAGCAAGCUUGUCAACAGGUUGUGACAAUGCUGUUAUUUUAUCAAGUUGCUACAAGCUUGUCACUCACAACUUGUUGACAAGUUGUUGAAUUGCAGGACGAUAACAAGUUGUUGGAUCAACUUGUAACAAGUCUGUUGAGUUCAACAACCUUGUAGCAAGUUGCCAACAAGCCGUUGACAAACUUGUCAACAAGCUGGGAACAAGCAGUGCGAACACAUCCUGCUGACAAGUUGUUGGAACAGCAUUGCUACAAGUCUACUGCAGGUUUGUUACAACUUGUGCGUUUUUACGUGUGUAGUUGGAACAGCAUUAUUGUCACAACUUGUUAACAAGCUUGGUACAAGCCUGUUGAGGAGACAUCUUGUUCACAAGUGGUUGGAACAGCAUUGUCACAACUUGUUUAACAAGCUUGCUAUACAAGCCUCUCUAGAAGACAUCUUGUUGACAAGUUGUUGGAACAGCAUUGUCACAACUUGUUUAACAAGCUUGCUACAAGCCUGUCUAGAAGACAUCUUGUUGACAAGUUGUUGGAACAGCAUUGUCACAACUUGUUAACAAGCUUGGUAUAAGCCUGUCAAGGAGACAUCCUGUUGACAAGUUGUUGGAACAGCAUUGUCACAACUUGUUAACAAGCUUGCUACAAGUCUGUUACGAAAAAUCUUGUUGAGAAGUUGUUGGAACAGCAUUGUAACAACUUGUUAACAAGCCUGUUGAGGAGACAUCUUGUUGACAAGUUGUUGGGACAGCAUUGUCACAACUUGUUAACAAGCUUGCUACAAGUCUGUUACGAAACAUCUUGUUGACAAGUUGUUGGAACAGCAUUGUCACAACUUGCUAACAAGCUUGCUACAAGCCUGUUGAGGAGACAUCUUGUUGACAAGUUGUUGGAACAGCAUUGUCACAACUUGUUAACAAGCUUGCUACAAGCCUGUUGAGGAAAUGUCUUGUUGACAAGUUGUUGGAACAGCAUUAUUGUCACAACUUGUUAACAAGCUUGGUACAAGCCUGUUGAGGAGACAUCUUGUUGACAAGUUGUUGGAACAGCAUUGUCACAACUUGUUAAAAAGGUUGCUACAAUCCUGUUGAGGAGACAUCUUGUUGACAAGUUGUUGGAACGGCAUUGUCAUAAUUUGCUAACAAGCUGCUACAGACCUGUUGAGGAGACAUCUUGUUGACAAGUUGUUGGAACAGCAUUGUCACAACGUGUUAACAAGCUUGGUACAAGCCUGUCGAGGAGACAUCUUGUUGACAAGUUGUUGGAACAGUAUUGUCACAACUUGUUAACAAGCUUUCUACAAGCCUUUUGAGGAGACAUCUUGUUGACAAGUUGUUGGACCAGCAUUGUCACAACUUGUUAACAAGCUUGCUACAAUCCUGUUGAGGAGACGUCUUAUUGACAAGUUGUUGGAACAGCAUUGUCACAACUUGUUAACAAGCCUGUUGAGGAGACAUCUUGUUGACAAGUUGUUGGAACAGUAUUGUCACAACUUGUUAACAAACGUGCUGCAAGCCUAUUGCGGAAACAUCUUGUUGUCAAGUUGUUGGAACAGCAUUAUUAACACAUCUUGUUAACAAGCUUGCUACAAGCCUGUUGAGGAGACAUCUUGUUGACAAGUUGUUGGAACAGCAUUAUUGUCACAACUUGUUAACAAGUUUUUGGAACAGCAUUAUUGUCACAACUUGCUAACAAGUUUGCUGCAAGCCUGUUCCGAAAAAUCUUGUUGACAAUUUGUUGGAACAACAUUAUUCUCACAACUUGUCAACAAGCUUGCUACAAACCUGUUGAGGAGACAUCUUAUUGACAAGUUGCUGGAACAGCAUUGUAACAACUUGUUAACAAGCUUGCUACAAGCCUGUUGAGGAAAUAUCUUGUUGACAAGUUGUUGGAACAGCAUUGUCACAACUUGUUAACAAGCCUGCUACCGACCUGUUGAGGAGACAUCUUGUUGACAGAUUUUUGGAACAACAUUGUCACAACUUGUUAACAAGCUUGCUACAAACCUGUUGAGGAGACAUCUUAUUGACUAGUUGCUGGAACAGCGUUGUCACAACUUGUUAAUAAGCUUGCUACAAACCUGUUACGAAAAAUUUUGUUGACAAGUUGUUGGAACAGCAUAAUUGUCACAAGUUGUUAACAAGCUUGCUAGAAACCUGGUGCGAAAAAUCUUGUUGACAAGUUGUUGGAACAGCAUUGUCAUAAUUUGUUAACAAACUUGCUACAAGCCUGUUGAGGAAAUAUCCAGUUGACAAGUUGUUGGAACAGCAUUGUCGCGGCUUGUUAACAAGCCUGCUACAGACCUGUUGAGGAGACAUCUUGUUGACAGAUUUUUGGAACAACAUUGUCACAACUUGUUAACAAGCUUGCUACAAACCUGUUGAGGAGACAUCUUAUUGACAAGUUGCUGGAACGGCGUUGUGACAACUUGUUAAUAAGCUUGCUACAAACCUGUUACGAAAAAUCUUGUUGACAAGUUGUUGGAACAGCGUAAUUGUCACAAGUUGUUAACAAGCUUGCUAGAAACCUGGUGCGAAAAACCUUGUUGACAAGUUGUUGGAACAGCAUUGUCAUAAUUUGUUAACAAACUUGCUACAAGCCUGUUGAGGAAAUAUCCAGUUGACAAGUUGUUGGAACAGCAUUGUCGCACUUGUUAACAAGCCUGCUACAGACCUGUUGAGGAGACAUCUUGUUGACAGAUUUUUGGAACAACAUUGUCACAACUUGUUAACAAGCUUGCUACAAACCUGUUGAGGAGACAUCUUAUUGACAAGUUGCUGGAACGGCGUUGUCACAACUUGUUAAUAAGCUUGCUACAAACCUGUUACGAAAAAUCUUGUUGACAAGUUGUUGGAACAGCGUAAUUGUCACAAGUUGUUAACAAGCUUGCUAGAAACCUGGUGCGAAAAACCUUGUUGACAAGUUGUUGGAACAGCAUUGUCAUAAUUUGUUAACAAACUUGCUACAAGCCUGUUGAGGAAAUAUCCAGUUGACAAGUUGUUGGAACAGCAUUGUCGCAGCUUGUUAACAAGCCUGCUACAGACCUGUUGAGGAGAAAUCUUGUUGACAAAUUGUUGGAACAGCAUUGUCACAACUUGUUAACAAGCUUGCUACAAGCCUGUUGAGGAAAUGUCUUGUUGACAAGUUGUUGGAACAGCAUUAUUGUCACAACUUGUUAACAAGCUUGGUACAAGCCUGUUGAGGAGACAUCUUGUUGACAAGUUGUUGGAACAGCAUUGUCACAACUUGUUAAUAAGCUUGCUACAAGCCUGUCGAGGAGACAUCUUGUUGACAAGUUGUUGGAACAGCAUUGUCACAACUUGUUAAAAAGGUUGCUACAAUCCUGUUGAGGAGACAUCUUGUUGACAAUUGUUGGAACGGCUUUGUCACAAUUUGCUAACAAGCCUGCUACAGACCUGUUGAGGAGACAUCUUGUUGACAAGUUGUUGGAACAGCAUUGUUACAACUUGUUAACAAGCUUGGUAGAAGCCUGUCGAGGAGACAUCUUGUUGACAAGUUGUUGGAACAGUAUUGUCACAACUUGUUAACAAGCUUUCUACAAGCCUUUUGAGGAGACAUCUUGUUGACAAGUUGUUGGACCAGCAUUGUCACAACUUGUUAACAAGCUUGCUACAAUCCUGUUGAGGAGACGUCUUAUUGACAAGUUGUUGGAACAGCAUUGUCACAACUUGUUAACAAGCCUGUUGAGGAGACAUCUUGUUGACAAGUUGUUGGAACAGUAUCGUCACAACUUGUUAACAAACGUGCUGCAAGCCUAUUGCCGAAACAUCUUGUUGUCAAGUUGUUGGAACAGCAUUAUUAACACAACUUGUUAACAAGCUUGCUACAAGCCUGUUGCAUGAGGAGACAUCUUGUUGACAAGUUGUUGGAACAGCAUUAUUGUCACAACUUGUUAACAAGUUUUUGGAACAGCAUUAUUGUCACAACUUGCUAACAGGUUUGCUGCAAGCCUGUUCCGAAAAAUCUUGUUGACAAUUUGUUGGAACAACAUUAUUCUCACAACUUGUCAACAAGCUUGCUACAAACCUGUUGAGGAGACAUCUUAUUGACAAGUUGCUGGAACAGCAUUGUAACAGCUUGUUAACAAGCUUGCUACAAGCCUGUUGAGGAAAUAUCUUGUUGACAAGUUGUUGGAACAGCAUUGUCACAACUUGUUAACAAGCCUGCUACCGACCUGUUGAGGAGACAUCUUGUUGACAGAUUUUUGGAACAACAUUGUCACAACUUGUUAACAAGCUUGCUACAAACCUGUUGAGGAGACAUCUUAUUGACAAGUUGCUGGAACAGCGUUGUCACAACUUGUUAAUAAGCUUGCUACAAACCUGUUACGAAAAAUCUUGUUGACAAGUUGUUGGAACAGCAUAAUUGUCACAAGUUGUUAACAAGCUUGCUAGAAACCUGGUGCGAAAAAUCUUGUUGACAAGUUGUUGGAACAGCAUUGUCAUAAUUUGUUAACAAACUUGCUACAAGCCUGUUGAGGAAAUAUCCAGUUGACAAGUUGUUGGAACAGCAUUGUCGCAGCUUGUUAACAAGCCUGCUACAGACCUGUUGAGGAGAAAUCUUGUUGACAAAUUUUUGGAACAGCAUUGUCACAACUUGUUAACAAGCUUGCUACAGACCUGUUGAGGAGAAAUCUUGUUGACAAGUUGUUGGAACAGCAUUGUCACAACUUGUUAACAAGCCUGCUACCGACCUGUUGAGGAGACAUCUUGUUGACAGAUUUUUGGAACAGCAUUGUCACAACCCAACUUGUUAACAACCUUUCUACAAGCCUGUUGAGGAGACAACUUGUUGACAAGUUAUUGGAACAGCGUUGUCACCAGUUGUUAACAAGCUUGCUACAAGCCUGUUGAUGAGACGUCUUGUUGACAAGUUGUUGGAACAGGAUUGUCACUGCUAAGAGUUAAAUGCUGAGUAUUUUUCAGUAUACAAUAGAGACACAAUUGGAGUAUUAACCAUUUUUCAAGAUACAUUUUUCAGUAUACGUUCAAGUAUUGAUUAUUCCGGGGGAGAUGCAGAAGGGUGCCCUGGGCAGCAUACUCUCGAAUCACCCAGGUUGAACAGACGGGACAAACAUUGUACUGCAUCUACAAAAGUUAGCACCCACCUUGGCCUUUCUCAUCAGGGAAUUCCUGGUGCUACUCCUUGACUUUUUUUGUUGGAAUAAUAUUUUCAACAGCGUACCUUGCUGAAUUGUUGGUGAACAUGGUCAGCAAUAUAGGUUACAUUUUUUAACAGCAGAGAGAGUCAAACAAGAAAAUCUGGAAGUGAAAUGUGUGCCAACGUCAUUUCAGGCAAGUAUACUGUCUGUAGCCUACCUUGUCUAUUUUGAUGAAGUAAUUCAACUCAAAAUUGAAAGUUGUUCAUCUUAUGACUUUGCUUUUGACCAAAUGAAAGGAAAGAAAGAAAGAAUAAAAAUUGUUACAAAUAUUACAUUUUAUAGGCAAAUCAACUCAUUGUGGAAAAUGGUUUAUAUCUUACUGACCUGAGUAGAAAUCCCAAGGUAAAUUGCAAUCACGUGGGUUGUGCUGAAAUGCAGACAAUGGUUUUGGCUAAAUUCGAAUCCGCUAAAACCUCUACUAUGAAGUCACAAUCCGGGAUCCGAACUAAAUUGCACGCUAAAUCCACAAUCCGAGCCAAAAUAUUAGAAUCCGCUGUAUUAAUAAGAUCCGAAAAUCCAUGUAAAAUAUUCGCCAGAUCCGAAAUCCGACCAAUUUUUUUUGUGAAAUCCGAUGAUCUCCGAAAACCUAUUCCCCUCCAAGCCAAGCAGUCCUUCCUUUUCUCGGCCCUCCUGCCAAAAAUACAAUAAACUGGGAAAUCUGAGAGAUAAAAGGCCUGGGUCUACAGGUUGAAAUGCUAGCAGUUUGUGCAAAUAUAAGUCGACAAUAAAGGCCAAAUAAACAAUAUCUGGGUGGGUUCCCUAUUUCUUGUUGCAAAAUGUAGGUAAUAAUAAUCUGAGUAUUUAAAUAUAGCGCUUAAUCUAUCAAGGAAUAUUCUAAAGCGCUGUACAAUGGUAAAAUUUACAAUAAUAACUAAAACUAUAUUCUAAAAAGCUGGGUACGUGUCAACAAUCACAGAGUUAUCCUAAAAAAUUAAAACUAUAUGUACUGUACACUACUAAUUCUUAAAAAUUAGUCUAUUUAUACGCCUUCCUAAAUAGAAAUGUCUUUAAAUGAGUUUUAAAACAGUUAACAGUUUCACACCGCCUAAUGUUAAGUGGGAGAGAGUUCCACAUUAGAGGAGCAGCAUGCUUAAAGGUAUAGGGUAGGUUGGAUUUUCUUUUUUAAAAUUUUUUUUGUAAUAAAUGCCCAUGGCACAAACACUCAUUAAAUAAAAAAUAAAAACAGGGCCAGUGAAUUCAGCAGCCAAAAGCUGGGUAUAGGUCGGAAACCUAGGGUUUUUUUUGCUUAGCAGUCGGUGAUUACCCUUUUUGUUAACAUCUUUGAGGAUGAGUUAUAUGUCUAUACAAAUUUAUCUUUAUUUUGAAUGAAAUUUGUUUAGUCGGUUCAUCUGCCUUUACUAUACAAAGCUAUUCUUUUAAAUCAUUUUAAGCUUGAUGUUGCAUUUGACGGUGCGGACGAAGUGGAUGAAUCAUUGAAUCUGAUUAAAGGAGGAGGGUAAGUCUGCCAGAACUACAUCCAAAGAAAUUUUUUUAUGGAGAGAAUUUUUAUUUCGGAGCUUAAAAUUCCACAAAAUCACGAAAAAUGGAAAGAUAAUGAAAUUCCGUAUUAAACUGUUAAAAAUUCCGUACUGGUGUACUCCACAUGGCGUUUUGAAAAAAUUCUCAUGCCCUUGAGCAGUGAUCACUCCGAUUUUCUACGUAUUUGUCUAUGGCUUCACUUUUAUGAAAAAAAUUUUCUAUUCAAGGGGUUGCUUGACACAAGAGAAAAUUGUUGCUUCGUGUGCUGAUACUUUUAUCGUGGUUGCAGACGAAAGGUAAAAUUUUAUCCUACUUCAUUUAAUAUCUAUUUUCCAUACACAUGCAGCAUCAAUGACUAUGCGCAUGUUUUUUAUCAUUUCACAAUCAACAAGUGUGAUCAUGGUGGGCACUGGGGGGGGGGGGCAACUGGUGGCACCCCAAGGGCCCUUCCCUUAUAAUUUCUGAAAUGAUAGUAGAAUAACUGUGUGGCAAAGCUGCAACAACACUUUUUCAACCAUGAAAGCAUUAAUCAAGGCUAUAAAUUAAGCUAUAUAUUGUAUGAAGGCAAAAAAACAACAAAGAUUUCAGCUGCAAAAUGUGGUUAUAUUUUGGGAACUUACAAAUACAAACUGCUACAAAUGUAUUGACCCCUUCAGGCUAUACUGUAAACUGCUGCGUGGUUGACCAACAUUGGCUGCAAAGGGUUUGAAUCUAUUUUCUCGGUUUCUAAAACAACUAGUAAGCUCAUUUGGAAAUUGCAUUUACUUUUCAGGAAAGAUUCAAAGCAUUUUGGCCAACAGGUCAGUACGGUUUUACGUAUUAUUACCAUAAUUAGCCUUGGUGGUGAUAAAUGUUAAUACAUUGUGAACAUCUUUUCCAGUGGAAACGUGGUGUUCCCGUAGAAGUUAUUCCCAUGGCAUAUAGUCCAGUCAUGUUAGCCAUGCGAGGACUGGGUCUCACUCCUGUUCUGAGAAUGGCUAAAGAAAAGGCCGUAAGUGCGGGGUCUAAAUUCCGGGUGUAUUUGGUUAGAAAAUAAAGGACAACUCACCGUCUAUAUGUAGGUCCCGAAACGACGUUACAGUGGUCACGUUUUACUAAUUUUCUUUUUUAGGGUCCAGUGGUGACAGAUAAUGGCAAUUUUAUAAUAGAUUUUCAAUUUGGAAAUGUAAGUUCAAACAUUAGGGCCAUUUAUACGGGACAAAAUAAGACGCGACUUACAUAAGACGCGACUUAAAUAAGACGCGAGUUUGUCGUAUAAAAGGUACAAAAUUCUUAUGUAAGACGCGUCUUGGAUAAGACGCGUCUUACAUAAGAACAGGACUUUUAGCUGUUCUUAUUUAAGUCGCGUCUUAAAUAAGAAAUUUUAGACAAAAAUUCUAACUACACAUGCCCGAAACUUGAAACAACGUAAAAUUAUUAGCCUUGCUUAUUCGAACAAAAACAACCGAAACAACAUUAUAGCUAUAGCAAGUAAAUAAGAAUAAAUCCGUAAAGAACCAUUUACGCGAUAACUCAGCUUAUGUAAGACGCGUCUUAUGUAAGACGCGACUUAUUUUGUCCCGUAUAAAUGGCCCUAUUGUUUCGAGUCAUCAUUAGACCAUGUAAGAAAUAAUUCCAGACUUUAUUUGAUUGGCACUACCUGCAGUGGCAAAGACAGUUCAUGAUUAUACAUUUUACACUCUUCUCUUUUCAGGUUGAGAAUUGGGAAGAACUAAACAGGGAAGUAGUUAUGAUACCAGGUAAGAGUUGGUGAUUGAAGAUUAGGAUUGAUGCUAUUAAGUGACCGAUCUUCCACAAUCGGAAAUUCCUGACUCUGAUUUUUAAAAAUAGUCAAAUGAGAUCUUUCAUUUUGCAUGUAAAUUGGCAUAAUAUACGACUUAAAAAUUGCUUCCUUGGCAUCUGAUGAUAAAAAAAUUAAGAACUCACUAUACAGCUAAAGAGUUGCUGUAAUAAUCGGUUAUACAUGUAUGUGUACAAUCGAGAAAAUUUUUUUUACCGAUAUCGAUUGUCCACCAAUAAAGCAAUAUUAAAGGCACAGUUCAGCCUUUUGAAUGAGGGUUUUUAAGGCGCAUUUCAGCCCUUUUAAUUGAAAAAACUAACUAGGAAAAUCAAUUAAGUAAUUCAAGAUCACCAAACUUAAUGUUUUUAACAUUUUAAAACAUUUUUAUUGUUAAAAACAUCGAGUUUACUGAUUUUGAAUUAUGCUUAAUAUUUUCCUAGUUAGUUUUUUCAAUUAAAAGGGCUGAAAUGCGCCUUAAAAAACAUCGUUCAAAAGGCUGAACUGUGCCUUUAAAUCGGCCUGGUACCGAUCUUAGUUUAAAGCUGUCACCAUUGCCUGCAAUAGACCUUAUGCAUAAUGACGUCACAAGGCUUGAUGCCCCCGAGGAAUGUUGGUCUUGUAGUCAUCGCCCAGGAAAAUUUCGAUAGUGGCCAUUUUUAAUUGUUUAAUUUCCCCGCGCGAUGACUGCUAAGACCAGCAUUCCUCGCGGGAGUCAAGCCUUGUGACGUCAUUAUGCAUAAGGUCUAUUAAAUUGGGGUCUGGGGAUGAGUUUAUAUGGACAUUGAGCGUGCCUUUUGAUACAUUCUUAAGGUGUUGUUGAGACAGGCCUGUUUAUAAACAUGGCAAGCGAAGUAAUAUUUGGUAAACCUGACGGAUCAACGUAUACGAGGAAGAAAGGAAAUUAA